UAAUCAUCCAGCUUAAAUUUAUGCACCCACCAAUUUUUAUUCACUUGUCACACUCCCCAACCUGGUGAUUGCACUUAUAAAGACCCCUGGAAAUACAGGUAUCUUAAACAAGUUUGUCCACUUCAUUCAUAUUCCAAUUAAACUCUUGAUUUGCUUUCAACAUGGCCCUGUUUUUCUCAAUACAAACAACUUCACUACUAGCUCUCGUCUUCUUUCCUCUAGGCUGGUCAUUCACUGUUAUAAUGUCGGAUUCCGGUGCGCCUUCAGCUCUAGUUGAUGCCCCACAAACUGGUUUCUCUAUGAAUAAUAAUCGAGCACGAACCGAUCCACAUGAACAAGAAGCAGUUUACGACAUUAUGAGGGCGACGGGGAACGAUUGGGCCACAGAUAUCCCUGAUGUUUGUCGUGGCCGGUGGCAUGGCAUUGAGUGCAUGCCGGACAACGACAAUGUAUACCAUGUUGUAUCACUUUCCUUCGGAGCACUGUCCGAUGAUACAGCAUUUCCUACGUGUGACUCAACUCAUUCUUUCAUUUCACUUUCUGUUACGAAACUUUCACACCUUCGGACUUUAUUCUUCUAUCGUUGUUUCAGUAAUAAUCCUCAGCCUAUCCCAGCAUUUCUAGCCCAAUUAGGUCCCACUUUGCAGACACUAGUUUUACGGGAAAAUGGGUACACAGGGCCUAUUCCUGUUGAGUUGGGUAACUUAACCCGUUUGAGAGUCCUUGAUCUUCACAAAAACAAUCUUAACGGUUCAAUACCGGUUUCUCUGGGCCGGAUCACCGGUUUGAGGUCGUUAGAUUUGAGUGACAACAAACUAACCGGUUUAAUUCCGAGUUUAACUUUCCCUCUGUUAAAUGUGCUGGACCUCAACCAAAAUCACCUUGUAGGUUCAAUUCCAUCCACACUCAUGAGCUGUAAUUCACUUACAAAGCUAGACUUAAGUCGCAAUCACCUCUCCGGUUCAAUACCCCACUUCAUCGACAACUUAUAUGACCUCAUCCUUAUGGAUUUAAGCUACAAUAGUCUAACAGGUCCAUUCCCAGUGUCACUCAAGAAAUUGAAUUUUCUACAAGCCUUAGUCCUCAAUGGAAAUCCAAUGGACUCUUCUACUCUACCGGAUAAUGGAUUCGAUGGUUUCAAGGACUUGAUGAUUUUAGGGUUAUCCAAUAUGAACCUUCAAGGUCCAAUACCAAAUUCACUAGGCCGGUUACGUAAACUUCGAGUUCUUCAUCUUGAUGGGAACAAAUUAAAUGGCUCGAUCCCAUCGAGUUUUGGUAAUUUAAAUAGCGUAAGUGAGCUCAGGCUAAACAAUAACAUGUUGAGUGGUCCUAUUCCAUUUAAGAGAGAAAUGGUUUGGAGAAUGAGAAGGAAAAUAAAGCUUUCCAACAAUGAAGGGCUUUGUUAUAAUAAAGAAAAUGGUCUUGGAGGUGAUCUAGAGACAUUGUUGGGAUCAGGGAUUGGACAUUGUGUAGACUCUAAAACUGAGCCAACAAAUGCAAUGGAACACAUUUCAACACUCAACAGAGGAAGUGUCGCAACAUCAAAUAGCAACAAGUUAUCAUCUUUUGAAAGCUUACUUUGGUCAGCUUCAGUUUUUGUUGUAUUCUGUCUGUUGUGAGUAAUUGUUUAGAGAUUUGGUACAGUUCUUGUUUCUUCUCCUUUUCAUCUUUCGGUUUUUAAAUGUAACAAAGCAUAAUAGUAUUAGUAAGUACGAGGAGUGUUACUAAUUUCAUUCUUCAGACCUUUCCGGGAACAACUAAUUGGAUGUCACUUGUAAAUUA